AUGUGCACAAGGCUCUCGCCAACACCUUCUUUGCAAGGAAAGGCGACUGGGACAAUAAAUGAGGGAGAAGUGAAGCUCCUUGACAUGGGAAUCAAGCCCAUCAUCUCACGCACCAAGGAUGGGAAGAAAAUCAGGGGAGAUAGAAUCCAUGCAGGGAACCUCAUGCCUCUCAUUGACCAGCUACUCUCCUACAAGACAACCGCCUAUAGCACUCGGUUUCAAACGGGAAGGAAGCUUAGUGUUGGAGGAGUCAUCACGCCUAUCCUCUGUGCAGCUGGAGUCCAUUUGGACAAGAGAAGGUCUACUCCAGCAGGAUGGAUGGAUAUUAAGUUUUGCAAGACCAACCUCUUCAUUGAACACAAGGAGUUGGAUGGGAGGUUCCAAUUCAAAUUCACUCAUCCUUUGGCUGGCCCCUCCAAGCUUCUUCUGCCCAACCCUGAGCUCACCACGGUUCUAGGAGGUACCAACAUUGACUUCAGCCCCCCACUUUACACAUUAGUUGGGCAUGAAGAGGAUUUGCGAGAAGAGGAGCCUGAACUCGAUCGAGCUGAGGAUCGAGUUGAGGACAACGCCAUGUGA